GGGGAUGGAGGGGUAAUAGACGGUCCUUUUCAGCGCGUCUUUUCUCUUCCCUUUUCAUACUCAUUCUUCAUUUUCCCUUCCACAAUACUAUUCUCUAAGAUACCCUCACAAUGACUGCUGCUGCGGACGUGCGAUUCAAGCUCAACACUGGAGCUGAGAUACCCGCCUUGGGACUGGGAACUUGGCAAUCAGCCCCGGGUGAAGUCGAAAGAGCCGUUUUCCACGCUAUCAAGGCUGGUUACCGUCACAUCGAUGGCGCCUGCUGCUACCAGAACGAAGAGGAGGUCGGAAAGGGUAUCAAGGACGCCAUUGACGCCGGCCUCGUUAAGCGGGAGGAAUUGUUUGUGACCACCAAGCUGUGGUGCACAUUUCACUCCCGCGUGGAGGAGGCAUUGGAUGAGAGUCUGAAGAAGCUAGGCUUGGACUACUUAGACUUGUACCUUGUUCACUGGCCGUUGGCUAUGAAUCCUAAUGGAAACCACCCUCUCUUCCCCAAGCACGAAGACGGUUCCCGCGAUAUCGUUCACUCGCACUCCCACGUCACCACCUGGAAGAGCAUGGAGAAGCUCCUGACCACCGGCAAGGUCAAAGCCAUUGGUGUCUCCAACUACAGUGUGAAGUACCUCGAGGAGCUCCUGCCCCAAGCUACUGUUGUUCCAGCUGUCAACCAAAUCGAGAACCACCCCUCCCUUCCACAGCAGGAGAUCGUCGACUUCUGCAAGGAGAAGGGUAUUGUUAUUACUGCGUACAGUCCUCUAGGCAGCACAGGUAGCCCGCUCUUCACGGCAGCACCGAUUGUCGAAGUGGCUCAGAAGCGGGGCGUUACUCCAGCUACUGUUCUGCUGAGCUGGCACAUUGCCCGUGGCUCCUCCGUCCUCGCCAAAUCAGUUACUCCCUCUCGCAUCGAAGACAACCGAAAACUGAUCCACCUGGAUGACUCGGACAUUGCGACCAUCGCUAAGUAUAGCGAUGAUCUUGCUGCAAAACAAGCGUUUCAGCGCUUCGUCUUCCCUCCGUUUGGUGUUGAUUUUGGAUUCCCCGACAAGGUUGGCAAGCUCUAAGCGUGUAGAUUGAAGGGCUGUAUUAUGAUUGCUAUGGGAUUGGAUAUAGAUCAGAUGUAAAUAGAUAUAUUUUACGAGAAUACCAAUGAAUAUUGCUGCAUAUUUUCCGUGA